CGAGUGGUGUAUACCCCUGGCCGCGUGAAAAUCUUUCCCCUUCCGUGAAAGUCUGAUAAUUACUUCUGCCAGUGAGUACCGGAGACGACGAAUUCGAGCUGCCUUCUUCCAUGGAGUUGGAGAUUUGAGGAGCGCCGGUAAUGGAGUGUGCCGGCAAGGGAAGAGGAACGAGGUGCGUCGGCCCAGCGAGGCAGCGUUGUGGCCGCUGCCGAGCCGUCGCUUAUUGUUCCGCCUCUCACCAGUUAUCUCACUGGAGUGUCCAUAAGGAAGAGUGUGCGAGGUUAGAGGAGCAGAUGAAGCAGGUCGAUGUGCUGAACGAUUUUCCCUUCACGUUCUCUGAAGAAGCCACGGUUCAGGUUUGUGAAAAUCAGGAGUCGAGGUGUUCGUUUCUCACUAGGAGGGGCAUCCAUCUUAAGGGAAUGUGGGCGUGCGAGUGCAGCUGUCAACCGGUGGUUAAAUCCUUGCAAUCUGGAAGGUUAUAUGACAGUUGGAAUCUCCCGAGUAUCUUGUGCCCUUGUAGUGGGCCCCCGUCUCCUCUGUUGAAUCGACUAGUUGGUUGGGAUGAUUAUUACAAAUGGAGGGAUAUCCCUCUACAUUCACCUAUUGCCGUGCUCCUCCACUGGCCACUAACAAUAUAUCAUGCCAUUCAACUUGCUGAAAUUGGAGGCUUCAUGCUUAGAGACAAAAGUGAUCUACGAAUACACUAUCUUGGACCAGAGAAGGAGCUUGUACAGUUUGGUGCCCUUGCAGAGUUGCGGGCUCUUCUUCCAGGCUUUCAAGUGCAUAUUGAGCUUGUUGGACCUGCUGUUCCACAUUUUAGAGAUGGUGAGAGGAUCAACUUCUCUAGCUACAUUCAAUGCACUGAUAGUGAUUGCAUUUGCAAAUCUUCAAGUGGAAGCAUGACCCAAGAUUCAAGUGAUGGCCAAACUUCUGAAGUUGUACUGCAAUUCCGAAGAGGCCUUUACCAUGAUGUCUAUGGAGAUAUAGCGAAACAUUCUCUUCCUGAUCUGAUCAUUGCUCCAAAUGCUGGCAUUGCUGCUUACCCUAGCUGGCUACCGACUAUUGAGCUGAUUAAGAAGAUAAAUGUCCCAGCGGUUUUUUCCGAUUAUUGCGAAGAAGCAUGCCAUCUAGCCGCUCGUUGCAUAAAUGCGGCGACUGGUCAUACGCUCUCGCUCCCUAUCCAACUGAAUCCCUUCAGGCAGCCUUUGGCGGUUGAAGAGAGUGCACUGCUCCUCCCUUGCUACUCGAACUGCUUUCUUUUCGGGAUUGGGGCUUUUGUUCGAUGAAAUUAAUGUACUUUCUGUUUUGGGUCAUUAUAUUUGGCUCCUAUCUUCUGUUGCUGAUUGUCCAUUUUAAACAUUAGAAAUUGUGCCAAUAGACCAAUGCACUAAUAUGUGUUUUGUACUUCUAUGGAUCACGCAGUUUUUGGUCCGGAUUAGUCGGGACGAGGAGAACCCAAUUUGGUCAUCUCAGUGUAGCUUUCUAUAACUUAAUAGAAACAUAUUGUACAUUUCUUCGGAAAA